GUGCCCCAGACUUUCCGGGAAGUUAAACGGGACAUGCGCUGUUAGUUUUUCCUCAGCUACUGUUAUACACAAAGCUUCAGUGUCAACCACAGUGUUGAUUAGUCUGUGGUCAAAUUAUAGUUACUACCUUUUCAGUAUGUGUGAUGCGUAUUAUCAACCGGAAUGUGUUAUAGACGGAGAUUGUAAUCAAUUCACGCAACUACAAAGUAUUUACGAUAGCAAUCCUCAAGAGGUCCAGACAGUUCUUGAUUCCCCUCCAACAUGUGCAAGCCACGCAGAGUCCUAUCCUAUUCAGUAUUCGGGACAAUACUACGACAACACACACCAGACGUUGCACAACCUGCAUUGGAACCAAGCACCACCAGUGAGAUGCCAGGAACAAGUAAACAACUUUAGCAGCCAUCAGCAUGUGACGCAACCUGAGAGCCAAGUUUCAUAUAUUUCUUCAACGUCAUCGCCAGGUGAACACCGAUCGUCGAAAGUUCGAGGUUUCUUUUAUACCUCCGAGGUCGAGAUUCGUAAAAAAGAAAGAACUUCAUUUACUCACGACCAAGUCCGUCAACUAGAAGCAGAUUUCAUGGAGAAUCAUUACCUUACAAGACUUCGACGAUAUGAGCUUGCGCUUAAACUGAACUUAACAGAACGACAGAUAAAAGUCUGGUUUCAAAACAGACGGAUGAAACUAAAGCGUGAAAAGACUUGAAACUGCAGAUUCUAGGAAAUGUGUUUCUGCUUCUGUCUUGCAGGCAAUCUGCAUAUGUGUUUCAUUAUGUCUUAUUAUGUAUAUAGCUGAACCUAUACGUGUAUGCACGCUUCCAAGGUAUAUAUACCAAACAAUACAAACUACACUUGAA